GGAGUGAGGUGGGACUUCUCUCCUCACGUUGUUUGUAUUGCUGGCUGUUUGGUGGUCUUUGUACACACACAGUAUGUGAGGUGUGCGGGUGACAAGCUUAGUGUCGGCUGUACGAGUGUCACAGCAUGAGAGCCACAUAAAGAGGAGUGCAACAUGUCAGUGAUUGAGUUCCCUUCACCCCCUGUGGGGCCCAAGUCCACAGGAAGGAGAGUGGUCACCACUGGUACCCUUCUAGCAAUCGGAGAACACAGUUCUGACUUGCUGCCUGUCCAGGAAAGGAAUGAUAGUUUGGAGCUAUCCCAACAACUUUCUACACUUGAACAGAAUGACUUUAUCCCGGAUGAACUCCUUCAUGUGCUCACUUCCACUGCUAAAAUAGCUGUAAAGACCGAGCUGGAUCCGGCCAAGAAAAAUAAACUUAUUAAAGAUGGAAAGGUUGGCCUCCGCACUACUGACCAGAUUUGGCAUCAUCCUCUUCGCAGGAGCAAGUUUAAACACCUGAUUGACCAUCCUGUCUGUUUGACAGGGGCUGGGAGGGAUAUUUCCUUCCUUUGUGAUUCUGUGGCAAUAGAAAAAAGAAAUACACCAAUAUCAAGUCUUCAGCCAACAGACAGAGGGGAUAUGUCACCUCGGACAAUGGAAGGAAAUAUUGGAGAGAGUAUUAUACCAAAGGAGUUCUACGUGGUUAAGAACAAAGGUGUUUUGGGACUGGAGUAUUAUGAAGAUAAGUACACAACCCUGCUUGAAGAUGAUGAGAAAAAGCUUCGUCUGUUUCCAUCCAUGAAGCCUAGUGGCAGAGGAGAGGUUCUCCAACUUAUGAAAGUCAUGGACAGCAUGUUAAAAGAUGCAGGGGUGGAUGAAAAAGACAUAAAAUUGGAAGGUCCAUCUCAGAUACAUAAUCUGUUGGAAUUGCUAAAGGCUGAGCAGAAUAUCUACAACAUUGUCUUUCAUGAGCUGAUCCGUCAGGUCAGUGUGGAGUGUGCAGAGAGAGGAGCACUAUUGGCUAAGCUCAGACAACGAUAUGUAAUGCUACUGGAUAAGAUCCCCCAGCAGGUGCUAAGUCUGUACAAUGACCUCUUGGCUCAGCGAGCUCUGGACCGAUGUCUCACGGAAGAGAUCAUUUAUUUCAAGAACUCUAUCGGAGAACUGACCAGUAUUCUGGAAGAGUAUCGUGAAUUGUAUGAAUUGCAGAGGAGUCGUUUGGAGAAGCAGGUUGUCCACCUCACAGAAGAAAGAGAUCUUUGGAGUUCUGCCACAUAUAGGUUGGCUAGAAAGGUAAUAGAAGGCAACCAGCUACAACUUGCUCGUAAAAUGUACUUAAGUGAGAAGGCCUGGACAAAGGUGGUCCAGCAUUUACUUGUGCUUCUUGCAUCAAAUGACACAAAGGACCUUUCCGAAAUCCAACAAAGUACCGAAAAAUGGCGAGAGCACAUGGCCCGCUUUGAUCAAGAGGUGAAGCGCAGUGAGGAGUCAAGCAGAGAGAAAUUGCAGAUUAUCUGUAGAGAUCUGAAGACAUGGCACUCUUAUUUUCAGGAAAAAGUCUUUGUAGAUUGGCACUACUACGCAGUACCCGAUGACAUGGUCGUAUCAGUGCUUGAAGACUUGAAAAGCUGGCAAAAUAUGCUGGCUGAAGAACAGCAGCAGUUUGAGGGGAAUAAAGUUCUGGGCAGUCAAGAGUCUCUGAAAGCUGCUGCUGACAUCCAGAAGGAAUGGUCUCAGGUUGGAGAGGAUGUUCUUAGAAGACAUCAGGGCUUAGAUGGUACUCCUGCUCAGGAGCACAAAGCCAUGGACGAUCUAAAUAACACCAUAGAGAUGCUAUGCGAGCAGUACAGGAGAAGAGUGGAAGGGGAAAAUGGACUUGCCAGAGGUCUCGUGGCAUUUUCAAGCAGCUUGGAAAACUGGUCUGUGCCAAUGUUUCGACUUAAAUAUGCCCCCGGCAAUAUUAAAGAAUCUGACUGGUUAAACUUUUAUCAUCUUCUACCUGAAUGGACUGCUCAGGCAGAAAGAUUAUUGAAAUUAACUGGGAGUCCGAAUUCAGAAGAGAAACCCAUCUUAAACUCAAUUGAAAAGUUGGAGUCUGAAGAUGUCUUUAAGAUGCUGCAGCACUGGGUUCUGAAUAUCACAAGUGGAAUGGAAAGGGACAAUGUGCAACUUACCCAGCAGGUAACAACCCUUCACACAGCAAUGGUCCAGUACAUGGUGAAUGUCCUGAUCUUAUUAUCUCCAGACUACUCCUCUGAUCCCUCAGACACUACACAUACUGGGUUUGGUGAGGAAGAGUUUGCUACUACAGUUCCUGUGCAGAAUGUUCAAAAGCAAGCCCUUGAAUUAUCCGUCAAAUUAAACAAUUUCUCCAUUUACAUCAUGAGUGAUCUGGUAACAACCCUUCACACAGCAAUGGUCCAGUACAUGGUGAAUGUCCUGAUCUUAUUAUCUCCAGACUACUCCUCUGAUCCCUCAGACACUACACAUACUGGGUUUGGUGAGGAAGAGUUUGCUACUACAGUUCCUGUGCAGAAUGUUCAAAAGCAAGCCCUUGAAUUAUCCGUCAAAUUAAACAAUUUCUCCAUUUACAUCAUGAGGUGUUGCCAGGAGAUGGUGGAGAGCAUUCCUCAGAAUGAGGAUGACGGUUAUGAGCUGAGGCAGCUACAAACAAUCAAGAGUUCAUGUGAUGAGUGGAUUGAAACUUGCCGACUGCUUCUAUCAAAAGUCAAAGAUAAGAAAGGCCCUUCUGAGACAGCACAACACCCUCACAUCAGUGAGACCAAGGGUAUGAUACAUGCUAACGGAUCCAGUCUUCAGAAUGGAGUGACAUCUGAACAUGACGUUGUAAAGAUAAUUGGUUAUGAUGGAAACAUUUGCAUGAAGAGCUUGAAAGAUGAAAUCCCUGUCACUCAUGAGAGUGCUUUACAAGUUAGCAGGCCAACCACCUCAAAAUCUAUGCAAGCUUUUCAGUCCUUGACAUCUCUGGAACAAAUGGAAAAGAGACUUUUGCAUGCAGAGAUGAGGGCUCAAAAAGCCGAAGAACGAUCCGAGGAUCUGGAUGAGCAAUUAAAAGCAGCACUGCAGAAAAUACAAGAGCUAGAAAUCAAAUAUCAAGAAGAUGAAAACAAAGUAGAGGAAUCCCCAGCUGCCAAAGAAGUUAUGAAUGAACCAGUUCACCUUCCAGCUCCCACCAAGAAGAGACCCAAAUCAAGCAAAGUCAAACAACAUAAAUGAAUAUAUACAUCACUUAAAGCUGAU